AUGACCAGGACACAAACUCUGGGUCUCACCAGUGCAUACUUCGGCGGUGGCUAUCUUUUCGGUCCUCUCCUUGUCGGCGAAUGGGUUCUGCGACAUGAUGAACACCACAGACGCCGAAGUGCUGCGGCCCAACCGAAGCGGCAUGCUGGUCGAGCUGUGUCUUCUCUGCCCUCUGCCGCCUUGGCGCACAUUUACGCCAAUCCGAACGACGAAAUGAUUGGUGGCUUCAAGGCCACAUUUAUAGUUGGCCUUUGCAUAUACGGUACAGGAACUAUCAUGUUCUGGCCGAGCGCGGUUCUUACCUCGUUCCCGGGUUUUCUGAUCAGCAACUUUGUUGUCGGGUUUGGCCUAAGCAUUCUGGAGACGGCCGCCAAUCCGUUCUUGGCACUCUGUGGCCCGAUGGAAUAUUCAGAGAUGCGCCUAUUACUUGCCCAGGGACUGCAGGGCGCCAGCAGCGUGGUGAGUGGUCUUUUGGCCCAGAAGGUGUUUUUUAUCAGGGUCAGCUCCGACAGUUCAUCCGAUUCAAUGAGCUUGUUGGAUGUGCAAUGGACAUACCUGGCCAUCACGUUGUUUUGUGCUGCUUUGGCUAUGUUUUUCUACUACAUGCCAUUGCCCGAAGUUUACGAUGCUGAGCUUGAAAGACUUGUCGGCCGUCUUCCAGUCGAUGGCACGAAGCGCACGAUAUUUGGCGGCCUGCAGUUACGAACUGUCUGUCUGAUUCUCGCCGUUAUUGCCCAAUGGGUGUAUGUGGCAUCGCAGGAAUGCAUGAGUCUCUAUUUUGAUGAUCUGGUAACAUCAUGGCUACCCGAUAUAAAAACGGCCAAUGAUAGCAGCGCGUUCAUUUUGACGGACCAUUCCUGGAGCCUUGUGUCUCGACUGGUCAUGAGUAGCACAACUCCAGCAGACAACAUCGACAACCCAGCUGGCCUGGCCCUGUCUGUUGCCGACUACUUACUGAUCAGCCGCACGGCAUUUGCUGUCUCACGCUUUGUCGUGGGAUGUCUCUCGUACUUGGCAGCGAAGCACCCUGGCCGCCGCUGGCUUCCUUCACCUCUGACGAUGUUGACCAUCUCGAUAUCUCUCUCGGCUCUGUUUGCUCUUUUAUGCGUGGUCCUACGACUGACGGCAAACGCAAACCUGAUGGUCAUCCCCGUGUCCCUUUUCUUCUUGGCCGAAGGACCUAUCUACCCCCUCAUUUUUGCCAUUGGCCUUCGUGGUCAAGGAAGGCGUACCAAACGGGCCUCUGCGUGGCUUACAGUCGGCGCAUCGGGUCCUCUGUUCUGGCCUUUUGUGAUGUACGGCAUCAUUGCCAGAGGAGGCAGCGUGCGGACGUCUUUCAUCGUGGUCGUUUGUCUCUUGGCAUUCGCUUUCGUCUAUCCGCUAUACCUCACAUUCUUAAGAGAUGCUGGACAGCUAUGCAAGUUGGCACCAACAAACCCUUCAGUAUCAUCCCGACGUCUGAAAAACAGAGCCGAGCACGAAGACGGACCACGGCUGCCGCAAGAUGCAACCCAACUUGGUGCACCUACUCCCGAGCUAGAGUCAUCAGGAGAAGUGAAUUCACCGCUUGGCCAUGGCGAUAUGCCGCAAUUGUCAACACCACCAGUAAUAGCACAUCGUCCAGCUGGGCAUCCGACCAUAUGCGAUAAGUAG